AUGUCUAAAAGUUGUGAAGGCUUCGGUGUUCGGAAAUUUUUACAUAUGGCAGAUAUUAAAUGUAUUUUGGAAGGUUCUGAUUCCGAAAAUGAAGCAGAAAGAGAUUCUGUUUCAAAUAUUGUAUAUAUUCCACCUUCUCCCGAUGCUUUAAGUGACACUGAGCACAUAAAUGAUGAAAUUGUGGAUGGUUCGGAGGUUGAUGCAUUGCAAGAUGUUGCAGGUGAAAUAGAACUGCACUUUAUUAACACCAAAGAAGACAUUGCUGCACCAUCACUGGACCUAUCCAAAACAGAGCAUAAUUCACCAGGUAAAAAGCCUGGAUUCUCCAAAACUUCGAUUCCACGGAGUGUUUGGAAGAAAACUAAAUUUCCAAAAUUUCCCCCAAUUGCUCACAAUACAACUGGCCUCGAAGCUCAGCAAGAGGAUCUUGUUAAUAUAUAUGGUGGAAAAACUCCAAUAGAAUUAUUUAAAUUGUUUUUCGAUAAAGAAGUUGUUGAGUUAAUUAUUACAGAAAGUAAGAAGUAUGCAAGUCAGAAUAAUGUAACAACUAACAUUCUCGACGAACGUUUGCUUAAUCGCUUCAUUGGAUUUCUCUUGUUCAGUGGCUAUCAUAAGCUUCCAGAAAUUGAGCAUUAUUGGCGGCAACAGAAUGAUUUUGGUAUUCCAAUAGUUAAGGAAGCACUUACUCGCAAUGAAUUUCGUCAAGUGAAACGAUUUCUGCACAUUGCAGACAAUAAUUCACUUGAUAGUAAUGAUCGAUUUGCAAAAGUAACACCUUUAAUUGCUUUGCUUAAUAAAAAAUUCAUGCAGUUUGGAGUGUUUCAUGAAUACUUGUCUAUAGAUGAGCAAAUGGUUCCAUACUUUGGGCGACACAGUUCAAAAAUGUACAUUCGCAACAAACCAAUUAAGUUUGGUUUUAAGUUAUGGGUAUUAGCUUCAUCUGAUGGCUAUAUGUAUAGUACAAUUCCAUAUGCUGGUUCAACUCAACCAUACGACAAAGAAAUUGGACUUGGAGCGCAUGUUGUAUUGAAGUUGCUAGAAAAUGUCGAACAUCCUGAAUGGCAUUGUAAAAAUUUUCUAGCAUGUGGAACAGUCCGUCGAAAUCGUUUGCCGUCAAACCUCUCCCUUAAAGGAAAAAAAGAAUUGAAAAAAGGUGAGUCCGAUUAUGCUUUUGAUAAGCAAAACGGAAUUUACGUUAUAUCUUGGCAAGAUAAUUCGCUUGUUACAAUUGCAACGAAUUUUGAAUCAAUGGAACCCAUGAAUUCUGCCCGUCGUUACAAUAGGACUUUACAAAAGUAUGUGAAUCUUCCUCAGCCUCAUGCGAUUGCAAAUUAUAAUUUGCACAUGGGUGGUGUCGAUAUGGCGGAUAAUGCAAUAUCGAACUAUCGCAUAUCCAUCCGUGGGAAAAAGUGGUGGUGGCCUUUGUUUUCAAAUGCAGUGGAUUCGUGCUUAGUAAAUGCGUGGAAACUUCAUUGCUUCAUUUCAAAAGCACAAAAAAACAAGCAAAUGAGUCAACUUGAUUUUCGUUCUGUUGUUAGCACUGCUUUACUUUCAUUUAAUUAUACAGAAGAACAAAACAUUGAACAAGAUAACAUUGCUGAAACUCAAAGACCUGAUGGAUUGCCACGAGCAACAACAGUAGUAGCAACUUCAGCGGCAGUGGCAGCAACAAUGCUUAAGAGCACAACAGGGCGUAUUCAAAUUUCGCGCCAUACAAGCGCGCGUUAUUAA